AUGGCUACUGCAGUUAUCACAACUAAAACCGUUGAUUUCAACGAUGGAAACAAAAUCCCCAGUGUGGGAUUGGGAACUUGGAAAGCCAAAGAGGAGGAAGUAUAUACCUCAGUAACACAUGCCCUUCAAGCUGGGUAUAGACAUAUUGACACUGCUGCAGCUUAUGGUAAUGAAGAACCAAUCGGUAAAGCGAUCAAAGAUAGUGGUAUUCCAAGGGAACAAUUAUUUAUUACUACAAAAUUAUGGUCAAAUGCCCAUCAUGAUCCUGUUGGUGCUAUCACCGAAUCAUUGGAUAAAUUAGGUUUAGAUUAUGUGGAUUUGUAUUUGUUACAUUGGCCCGUCUUCUUGAACCCUAAAGGUUCACCCUCAAGAGUUCCGUUAUUACCCAAUGGUAAAAGAGAUAUCGUUAUGGAUUGGUCAUUCGUCAAGACUUAUGAACUUAUGCAUGAAUGUGUUGAAAAAGGUUUAGCUAAAUCAAUAGGAGUUUCCAAUUUCCUGGUGAAAAAUUUGAAAGUUCUUAUGAAUGCUACUGAAACAAAGAUUACUCCGGCAGUUAAUCAAGUAGAAUUACACCCACAUUUACCCCAAUUCCAAUUAGGUGAAUAUUGUGCUCAACAUGAUAUUCACUUACAAGCCUAUUCACCUUUAGGAUCUGUUGGAUCACCAAUUUUGAAAGAUGAAGUUCUUAUGGCUAUUGGUGAAAAACAUGGAGUGUCUCCAGCAACAAUUGUCUUUAGUUGGAUGAACUCUAGAGAUAUUGUGUAUUUACCCAAAUCCUUAAACAGGGAUAGAUUGAGACAAAAUCUCUUAGUGGUUGAAUUGGAUGAUGAAGAUAUUGAAACUAUCAAUAACAUUCAUAAGACAUUCUCAAAGAGAUACAAUGAUCAAGAUUGGUCCCCUAUGAAACCUUUUGAAGAGGAUUAG